UAUAAUGCAGCAGCAGCCAUUACCUCCAGAUAUGGAUAGGAAUCAUAUAAAUACAGUCGAUUUAUACACCACAUACACCACCAGUAAUAUAAGUUACUUCCUAUGUUACCAAAUUAAUACCUACUUAAAUUACACCUAUAGUACUAGCUAGCAAGUUAACUCACUGUAUUUGUUGGAUGCUCACAAGCGACAACUCAUGCCUAUCGAAUUCUCAUAAUCUCAUCUCUCCAAGCCACCUAGUAAAUGAAUACAUAAUUGAGUUUAAAUUACACCUAAAGAAUUAGCUAGCUAGCAACUUAAUUCACUAGAAUCCUCACAAGCGACAACUCAUGCCAUCAAAUUCUCUUAACCUCAUCUCUCCGAUAGCUAUAUAAGAUGAACCUCCGAGCACUAACUCAAUGGUAAUGGUAAGGCCACAUAUCUCCGACGACCAAUUCACCGGCGGCGACGUGCAUAGUUAAGUAGCAGCAAUGGCGCCUCCACGCAGGCCGAGCAUGGGGCGGCAAAAGAUCGAGAUCCGGCGCAUCGAGAGCGAUGAGGCGCGCCAGGUGUGCUUCUCCAAGCGUCGCGCGGGGCUUUUCAAGAAGGCCAGCGAGCUCUCCAUCCUCUGUGGCGCCGACGUCGCCGCCGUCGUCUUCUCCCCCGCCGGCAAGGCCUUCUCCUUUGGCCACCCCUCCGUCGAGUCCAUCCUCGACCGCUUCCUCGACACCUCGCCUGAGGCGGGGGCCGGCCUCUCCUCCGCGGGCGACCGCGCCGUCUCUGAGCUGAACCGCCAGUAUGGUGAGCUGCGUGCGCAGCUGGACGCCGAGAAGGUGCGGCAGGAGCGCGCCGACGAGACCAUCCGGAAGGAGCGCGCCGCGAGGAGUCAAGCGAUGGCGUGGCUCUACGCGGACCUUGGCGCCAUGGGCCACGACGACCUGGUCGCGUUCUGGGGCGCGCUGAUAGGCGUGCAGGCCGCGGUGGCGGCCAGCGCCGACCAGCUGCUGCGUGACGCGCUGCUCGUCGGGCGCAGGGGGCGGCCGCAGCCGCCCCAGCUUGCCGGUGGCGUGGCCUUUGACGUCGCUGCGUUCGGCGUUGGCAUGCAGCCGCCUCCGGGGCUCGCCGGAGUCGACCUGAACGGACUCGGAGGUCAGGCUACAAUCCUCGGCCCCUCCUUCUGAAGUCAUGGAAUGCAUCUGCACUCUAGUUAUUGGAUUCUUCAUCGUGUUUCUAUUAGCUUUGGGGACCAAUCAUCAAAAACUUGUUGUAUGGUUGCUCUAGUUCUCUGCAGUUACUAUUGGCUCUAUAAAAAAUAUGGAAUUCAAAAGCAACAUUUGGAUCAACGAAUUUUGGUAAUCCUAGUUUCCUACACUCACAUACAGAGCAGCUUAUUUCAAUUAGACAUGAAAUUUUGCAUCCUUCAACGCUUUGCAGGCAUUGAUAAUUGCAACCAAAGAACAUGAGCAACGGAAUCUACCAGUACAAAACCAUUUCUUGUUCUUAUUUAAUUUAGAGAAAACAUCAAGCUUAAGUUGUACAACCACACCUCCAAGACCAAUUGAACUUGGUGAUUACUGCAGACAUCAAUACUAAUACUGGGCCUGGAACCAUAUGUUUCACCACUCAAAAUUAAUCUACUAAGGGAACUAACCAAAGAACCUGCACAUUAAGAAGACAAUAUUAGGAGCAAUCUAAGUGAACAAGACAAAUUUCUGUAAUCCAAUGACAUGCCAUUCUCCUGCGUGAUUGAGAAAAAGAAAAGUGAAAGGCGAUGAUGAGGGUCAUUUACGGAGAGUAACCUACCAUCAUCCUUUUCGUUUGGUUCUGCAUAUCCUUUUCUUCAGUGCAUUAUUUUUUACUUUAUUCUACUUUUGAAAACUGAAUCAGCGGCUGAUGUGCUUUGUGAUGGCAAUAGUGGACGAAGAUGAGGAGUAAAUACCCUUUGCCUCGCACAGGAUUCUUGAACCCUUGAUAGAAAAGAUAUACAUAUACAUGUCAAUACAGUUAACAGAGAAUUAGCCCUAUUUAUAAAACACCUUACUUAAUAGUUAACUUUGACACGUAGCUUACUACUCACCAGUCACCAUCAUAAAUGCACAUAUUGAAAUCAAAGCCAUCAUUAGCCAUAGUUGAUAAAUAAGAUAAUUGGCAAGAGAAACUAUAUGAAGGCAUUCCUAACUGAAGUUCAGCUCUAGGAAAUAUGUGAAAAUUGUACCUGUAUAACCAAAGCACCCACGGGCACAAAGCAUCAGCAAUAAUAUAUCAUAAUAAAAAUAAAAGGAUAGACUGGGCAGCAAUAUUAUCAAGAAGACCUGGAUUUGUUAUCUAUUCAUCAAACCUCUGAAGCUAUAUAAUCAUUUACCAAAAAGGGACUUGGAAUUCGGUGUUACCAAACAGGAAAAGGAUGAUUAUAUAUACAAAAAAGAGUGAAGAAUGCAAAGUUUAUUGAUCUCAGCUACCAUGCAUACUAGAGCGAUGGACAAUGAAUAUUCUUUAAGAGAUCUUCACCGACAAACUUUGAGUGGUAGUACUAGCUAUGGUCUCAGAACUUCCUUCCAACUGGAAUAAAUGGUUUUUCUGUGUGAUGCCUUAUUUCCUAUUGGUUUGGUGGCUAGUUCACAUAACAUUCUUCAUUUGAUUGCUAGGUAUGUCUGAUUUUCUUGCCUAGCAAGGUCCCUAGUCCCUUUGCCUCGCAAAGCUAGUGCUCAAGGAAACUAAACAUGACGUGCCAUCUGACCCGGCUAUUCCUUUACAGGAGAAUUUGGAUAUCCACCAAAGCUAAGCUCUGGAUAGAUACUCCUGGUUCCUAAUUGAGUCUUACUCAAAAUGUUUCUUCUAACUUAGAUCAUCUUUGGCAUUCAUCGAAGCAUAGAAUUAACCUAAACACAAUUCAUACUAUAGACUUUGUUGUAGCUUGUGUAAGGUAAAGACAGAAUUGAUAAUAUCAUCAUGCAUACAAGUGCAAAAACUAGAAAAAAUUAUGGAAUUUAAACUGAGAGUCAAAAAUUAAAUUUCAAUUGCACUAUUGAGUUUCUUGCAGCGAGAUCUUCAAAACAAGACCAUACUUGCCUAUACUUGCAUUAUUUUUAAAAAAUGAUUCUUAAUACUAAAUAACUAAUUUCUGAUACCGGGAACAAAAAAGAUAACAACACGAAUAAAUAAUUAUUUUUAUGAACAAAAACUUAAACAUACGAAACAAAUAAUAAUGUACAACGAACAAAAUAUUAAGGGAACAUAUCCGGUGGAAACUUAGAAACUAUAGAUCCAUGCCACACGUUGCUCAUCCGAUGGCUCCCUUUAGAGGUGGGUUGAUUUUGCACUUAAAUCUCCCCAAUUAGCUUUCCUAAUCGCGAAAGGGCAUAUAGUCUAGUGGUUACAAGGGUCUCGGUAGCAUCUGAGGUCCUGUGUUCGACUCUCCAUGGGAGCAAAUAUUCUUGGAUUUAACGGCAUUGUGCAUCCAAUGGUAGGCGAGAUUUCUUUCGAUCGUUUCGUUAUGCAUGCAUCAUGUAAAGUCAGCAAGUCUGUAUUCUUCAGAACGGAUCUUUGCUUGUGAUGGCUGCUGUAGUGUUGUCAGUACACAAUACGUGAUGUAAAUUGCAUUAUUUGAACUGAAUCUUUUUCUGGUGUUUUGGAAUGAAUUUGACGGGUCUUGUUGUAACUGUAAGCAUCUCACGCUGAGCGCUGAGACACAUAAUUAUGCUAAACGGCUUAGGUCUCCCUAGUGGCGAGAUGCAUAAUUGAAGGACCUUCCAAGUAGCUAGAGAAGCUGAUGAACAAGGCGUGCCUUCCUUCACCCAAGGAGAAGCUGGAGAGUAGAUGCCAUCCAGUUGCAGUGUCAAAGAACAGAAAAAUCUGACAUUUUUAAACAGCACUGAAAUGCAAAUGUUAUUGCCUGGAAUACAUGAAUCUCAGGUCACUACAUGUUUUGCAUCAAUACUUGAAAUCUGAAUUUCAAAAGAAAAACUUGAAAUCUGCA